CCAUGAAUUUCGCAAAUCAACAUGGGAGAUCCAUUAUACGAGCUACUAACGCCGUACUUCGACGCGCUCGAUACUCCCGCAAGGCCUUUAGCAACCGAUCCUACAACGACAAAGUACCUAAAUCACCUCACCAACCUGUCACUGUCUGAUCUUGUUACAACCGAAUCGGCUACUCUGUCACAACAAUCGCAUACUACAUUAAGGUCUUUGCAGUCACUAAGCAAGCGAUCAUACAAGUCAAUUAUAUCUUCAGCUACACAUCUGUCGAACCUCAAUGCGUCCCUUCCGCAAUUGCUCAAAUCGACGCAAGAGUUACGAGAUGCAGGCCCAGAAGUCGAAGCUAGCGCCGCCAAAUUUUCAGACAAAUACAGACGGACUAAAGAGACUGACAAUGAUGUGCUAGCUAAGAGAAGGAAGGCAUUGUUACUAUUGAACAACUGCGACAGGAUACUAAAUAUUUUGGAUCUCUCCACUUUGCUGAGCACUGCCAUAUCAAGUGCUUCGCAACCUGGGGCGACAUCAGGCAGCGUCAAUUACGCCAGCGCAUUAGAUCUCCACGCACAUAUCAAAAGACUAGCUACGUUGUACCCGCACUCACCUCUGGUGUCGUCGAUAGUGAGGCAGUCAGAGCAAGAAAUGAGACACCUGACAACAAAUCUUAUCAUUAGCCUCCAGGCUCAAAAUGUUAAACUGGCCAGUGCCAUGCGAACAAUUGGCUGGCUCCGGAGAGUGGCUCCUGAACUUGACGACAAUGUGCAAUUUGACCAGCAGCCUAGUUCGAAAAUGAGUAUGAAGAAUUAUUUUGGCAACACAGAUGGAGCACUCGGGGCCGUGCUUCUGAUCUGUAGAUUGAAGAAUAUGAUCCACAUGUUGGAUGCCCUAGAGCCAUUGCGCGAAUUGGCGGACCAUGAAACUAAAGAUCGGUUAGAAGCAAACAAAAAGAAGAGCACAGUAGGUGUGCAACCUAAUAUGGCGAUUCUGGGACAGCAGACGGAGCGUUAUCUGAAGCGCUACAUUGAGAUAUUCCGCGAACAAAGCUUUGCAAUCGUCUCCAUGUACAAGAGCAUAUUCCCAUCGGCGUUGCCUGCACCAGGCUCAGAAGGAACGAAUCACUCACCCGAAAACAAAAAGGACACUACCACGUCAGAUCAUCUAUUACUACCCUUGCCAUCGCCACUUGCUACAUUUCCGCCUCACCUCGUAGACAUGCUGUUCGAGACUUUGAGAGAGUAUUUACCUAAUGUUCAAGAUAGGCAGUCACGAGACAGCCUUUUGACACAAGUUUUAUAUUGCGCUGGAAGUUUAGGCAGGCUUGGCGGAGACUUUAGCAUGAUGUUGGCAUUUCUUGAAGAUGGCGACAACGAUAAUGAAGAAGAGUCAUGGAAUGAGAGAGAACGUGAAUGGGUUGACGUAAUGAAAAAGCACCGUAUCCAAGCCAGCAAAUUAGAAUUACUUGCAAGUGGAGUUGGCGCUGGCAGGCCUCCUAUUUUGAGAGAAGAUUCACCUACAGUUCCCAUAUCUUGAAACUCUGACCAGAUCGAUGUUUCAACUUCCAGACAUUCCAAUUGUGGCUUCUUGCUUCCUGCGUGUAUAUCAAAAGUAUUCAAUCUUUCCAAGAGGCCUUUAGUCAGCUCAGGUAAUAGGAAACGAGGUUGCCAAACACGGCGCCAAGACGAAGACUUCCCAUACUACUGGAUAAGUGGCCUGAAUGCGACAAUCUGCAGGUUUUGCGUUUCCACAGUCUCCCAUCCAUUGGGAUCGCCUUUAUCGAAUAGUUUUGCGUUAAUCCAGUGUCAGCGGCCAAACACUCGAGCUUGGGGAGCAAUCACAAGGAGUCUUUGUCUAAACGUUUCAAAGUAGACGUAGAUUGAAGAAAAACUGUGUUUUCUAAAGAUGUGUAAUAUUAAAUCAUUAAGUGUGAAUAUAAGUAACAGAACCAAGCCAGGGGAAUAAUUUGCAAUAUCAU